CCGCACUAGCAACUCUGUUUAGGGUUUUCAGCAGCUGCAAAGUUUUUUUAUCUCAUAUUGUUUGCGUGUUGCAAAAGCAUCGUUGCUGUCAAUCUUCUUCUCCAUCCACAAACAUGGGAAAGACAAGGGGUAUGGUAUCUGCACGCGUUCAAAAAGUGCAUAGGAAAAAACAGAGGUGGUCAGACAAGAGCUUCAAGAAGGCUCACCUAGGAAAUGAAUGGAAUAAGCCUUUGGCUGGAUCUUCUCACGCCAAAGGAAUCGUCCUUGAGCUCAUAGGAAUGGAGGCUAAGCAGCCAAACUCUGCUAUCCGUAAGUGUGUUAGAGUACAGCUUGUCAAGAAUGGAAAGAAAGUUGCUGCUUUUGUCCCCAACGAUGGUUGUUUGAACCUCAUUGAGCCAAAUGACGAGGUGUUGAUCUCUGGAUUUGGGCGUAAGGGUCAUGCUGUGGGAGAUAUUCCAGGAGUAAGGUACAAGGUCGUCAUGGUUGCUGGUGUUUCACUCUCUUCUCUCUACAAGGGCAAGAAGGAGAAGCCAAGAUCUUAAACAAAAGCUUCAAACCUUUUGAAUUUUAUUUUGAUGGCUAAGAACUUUUCAGUAUUUUAGCUUUUUUAUUUUAAAGGAACUCUUGUGUUCUGUUCUACUUUGAGAUUCAAGAACUUGAUGUGUUAAAACUUUUUAUUUUAUGAGCAUUUUAGUUUAGUUUAUUCGAUCUUAUAAUA